UGUACACUACAAGUCGAGGAAAGUCUUCACAAACUUUUCCCACUUUCUAUAUCCUUUUACUCCGAUUUAGAUGCGAGAAAGCGCAGUUCGGAUGUGUUGGUAAUGGAGAUCAAGCAAGAGACAUCAUUUGUCUCCUGCAUGAACUUUUUAUUUGACUAUUUCACCUCUUUAGGAAUAUUAUAUUCCGGCGUCCGGUGUCGGUGAUCAUUCCAGAGAUAUUUGUGUACUUGCAUGCUGUCACUGCAUUUAACAUAGUUUGGUUUUAGAAGUUGACAGCUCAAGCUAACUAUGAGGUUAACAUCUGAUACUUUACUCUGGUGUCUACUGUCACUUCUGAAGUUCUGCCAUGCUGCUAUUUACACCGAUACUUGGGCAACAGAAAUAGAAGGAGGGGAAGAAGUAGCCAGGGCUGUGGCAGAAAGGAAUGGAUUCACUUAUGUCGACCAGAUCAUGCCAGGCUUCUAUCAGUUCCAACAUAGGAAAGUUGCCAAACGUUCAACAUAUCACAGUCACUAUCACCAUGAAAAUUUAGCAAAAGAACCUCAGGUAAAAUGGUUAGAGCAGCAAGUUGUAAAAAAGAGAGUCAAAAGAGAUUUAGUCUAUUUCACAGACCCGAAAUGGAAGCAGAUGUGGUAUUUGAAUCGAGAGUCAGGUGGAAAUAUGAAUGUAGAACAUGCCUGGAAAAGAGGCUUCACAGGCAAAGGCGUUGUGGUUUCUAUAUUAGACGACGGCAUAGAAAGAGACCAUCCAGAUUUAGCCAAAAAUUAUGAUAGUAGAGCAAGUUAUGAUGUAAAUGGGAAUGACGAUGACCCACAGCCUAGAUAUGAUUAUUCAAAUGAAAAUAGGCAUGGGACGCGAUGUGCAGGGGAAGUGGCAGCAGAAGCUAAUAAUAAUGUAUGUAGUGUAGGAGUGGCCUUCGAUGCAAAAAUAGGAGGCGUACGCAUGUUGGAUGGUGAUGUUACAGACUCAGUUGAAGCCAAAUCUCUAAGUCUAAGUCCUCAGCAUAUACAGAUCUAUAGUGCGAGCUGGGGGCCUGAUGAUGAUGGCCGCACUGUAGAUGGCCCAGCUUAUUUGGCCAGCAGAGCUUUUUCUAGUGGAGUUAACACGGGUCGAGGAGGUCUAGGUUCUAUAUUUGUCUGGGCCUCUGGUAACGGAGGCCGAGAUGGCGAUAGCUGUAACUGUGAUGGCUACACAAACAGUAUUUAUACGCUCUCAAUAAGCAGCGCCACAGAGUAUGGCAACAUUCCCUGGUAUUCUGAAGCGUGCUCAUCAACACUUGCUACAACAUAUAGCAGUGGAGCAGGAGGAGAAAGACAAAUAGUGACAACUGAUCUUCGGAAAGGUUGUACAGAGACACACACAGGGACAUCAGCCAGUGCCCCGUUAGCUGCUGGUAUCUGUGCUCUUGCCUUACAAGCCAAUCCCCGGCUUACGUGGAGGGAUAUGCAACAUGUAGUUGUUAGGACAGCCAAUCCAAAAGGUCUGCAGGCAGGUGACUGGGUCACCAAUGCAGUCGGAAGAAAAGUGAGCCAUUCUUUUGGAUACGGUGUACUGGAUGCAUCUGCUAUGGUCAACCUGGCUCUCAACUGGACGACAGUGCCACCACAGCACGCAUGUACAAUUCAGGCCGGACACACAAAUAAAGUUGUUCCUGUGAGCCAAAAAAUACAGCUCCCACUGAAAUCAGAUGGUUGCCGUGGUACGAAUGACCAUGUAUUAUAUCUAGAGCACGUCCAGACCAUAAUAACACUGACAGCUCAGCAACGAGGAGAGGUUGAGAUAUUCCUGACGUCACCGAUGGGCACAAGGUCGACACUCUUAGCACAUCGGCCAAGAGAUAUGUCGAAGGAUGGUUUCACUCGCUGGGCUUUUAUGACCACACAUAACUGGGGUGAAUUCGCCAAUGGGACCUGGCUGCUGGAAAUAGCAAACGGUGACAGUGCGUUCCGGACAGCUAAAUUACGAGAGUGGAGCUUAGUGCUUUAUGGGACAUCAGUGCACCCCUCCUCUGCGCAACCAGCUACUACUACAAUAAAACCUACUGAGAGCCCAACUGUCACUUACGCUUCCUCACAUAAGAAUAAUCCCCCUCCAAAAAGCACUGUUACCAAACUUCAUUAUAACUGCUCAUCAACAGCGGCACAGCACAAAAUCAGUACAUCUAAACCAGAGCCGGUUGUACACAGUGGCCCCAUUGCCACAGCUAAUCCACGACACAUGCCAGCCACAACAGAAGCUGAAUUGAAGACCUGGUCACUGAUUCUUCACGGCACCGAGCGUGACCCUCAACGAAGCAGUAAGAAACAUCCCAACAUCUCAAGUCCUGCGGCGACACCGGCGACUGCUAGCUUCUUACCAAAUGACAUUAAUUGCCUGUAUGCGCGGUUUGAUGGAUCCUGCAUAGCUUGUUACCCAGGCUACAGUAUCCUGACCAAGAGCUGUGUUCAAGAAUGUCCCGAGGGAUUUGCCAGAUAUGCUGACUACAUUGAUUUGGUGAAUGGAACGACAUAUCGUAAUGAUAUCUGCAAGCUAAAAACAUGGCACAGUGUCGACUUGCAUAUUAUAAAGCUGUACAUCACUGCAUUUGCCCUCAGUUUAUCUUGUGUAGUGUUGUUCUUGGUAAUUUUUGGUCUCCUACAGGCCAGGGAUAGGAAUUUAUUGUGCUUUCGCCAGAAACUGCAAAAUUUAUCCCGAGAUAGGGAGCAUCGAAUUGGGGAUAAUGCAUCAUAUUCCGUUUUGAAGGACGCAACUGAUAGUGAAGAUGAAAUAUUGAGCUAUCUUGAAAGAAAACAGGGUAUUUAUUCCAAUGGUAUUAUUCCGAAAUCAAAUGGAUCAGGAUUGAUUGGCACCCGAGAGAACAUGGUGUCGAUACCUUUAAAUGAUUCUGGGCCAGAAAAGAUUGUUUUCGUGCCCGGUGCCCAGUCAGAUAAUGGUAGUUUAAACAAUCACCUACUGCUUUCGGACUAGGAGGACCACUGAGGUUUACUGAAUUCAUACAUGAUUUAGUCACAAUGCUUACCGGUUUUCUAUGUAUCUAUAGGGAAAGUUUGACUUCGUUGUUUGCCCAAUAUAUACAUGUAAUUUCCUAUCUAAUUAUGAGAAUGAUACUAAUUUGCAGCUUCAGAACACAAUUACGAUUGUAUCCAAGUGUGGAGGUAAAAGGUGGAGCUUAAAAUAAACCAAAGAUUGUGGUGCCUCGUUAUGUCAUGGCUUUGUAUAAACCUAUAACACAUGUUUCAAACUAAUUUGUGAUGUUACAAUUGCUGUUGCAGCUUGAUUGGAAAUAGCAAGAUACAAUGUAGUCAGAGGAAAUAGCCUCUUUAGAUUAUUUGGAUGCUGUAAUACAGUAGCCAGAGUCAUGUUUUGUUUGAAAUUAGACACAAUUUCCUUUUGCCUAUAAGGAAACAUGUCAUUUUGAGAUUGUGGGACCAAAUCUUCCAAGUUUUCUAGUUUAUUUUAACAUGUAUGUCGUUAUUUGUGUCUUAAAUCAGGCUCUUGAGAAACAGGGCAUGUUGAUGCUUGCUGUUAUUCGUUGAUGAUGAGAGUAUUUCCUGCUGGAUGGCCAAGCUGGCUCACGAUCCGUCCAGAUCAUGUAAUGUACUUCACUGAGAAAUUCAGAUUUUGUAUCAAAUAUUAAGCACAACAUCAAAAGUUUAACUUGGUGCCCAGUGGUUCUGUCCUUUAUCUGAGAUUGUUGGUGAUUACUAUUUUAUGAAAAUAUAUUACAGUAGCUUGUGUAAAUAAUUAUUGACUUCUAUUCUGAUGAGACGCUGGCAUGUUCCAGUGCCAAUAACGAUCAUAAGCACAAGUGUUUGGUUGUUUUUGGUCUAGGCUUUGGCCAAUCAAAGGUGUGAGCUGUAAGUUACUGAAUACAACCGUCAAAGAAAUAACUAAAUGUAAUUGAAUAUAAGAAGAAUUGAAAUUGUAAAUUAUAGAACUGCAGUGAUAUUUUUGUGAGGAAGGAUUUCAUAUUUCGUAGAAUAAACUAUGAUUUUUCACAA